AUCUUGGAUAGCUUCACAUUCAACGAUUGAAAAUAUGUCCUUAGGACAUGGAGGAUAGAUGGUAAUGACAGCAGCGUGGAUACCAACCAGCAGACGGUGGAGCAGAGCAAUCAUCAUUAGAUCAGUGCUGAAAAUAUAACUAUCUACAUGGUCCAAAGUACUUGAAAAGCAGAGUAAACAAUGCAGAACAACAUUUCACUUCACAUAUCCCGAAAAGCGGUUCAACGGCUUCCCCCCACCCCGCUGCAGCGGGGGCCGUCCCCUCUCUCACCUAUUCGAAAACUGAAGAUGGAAGUGGCACUGGAACUGGACAGGGCACGGCCGUGGAGUAUGCAAAAUAGCUAUCUAAUCCCGACGACUGAAUCGAUUCGAAUGACUGAAAUAUUUAUUUCCCUUUGGCUAAUGCUUUUACUUUUACUGAGAACAAGUUUGACGUAAAACACUGUGCUGUGUGAUCGAUUCUAGGAAUCUUGUAGUCGAGUCUGUGGCUAACAACUGGAAAUGUCGAGAAUAUCGAAGAAAUGUAGUAUCUUUCUGGCAGAGCCCAUGGGCGAAAAGUCUGUCACAGAGUUGUCUGGAAUUGGACCGACGCUGGGCGAACGCUUGACCGAAGCUGGAUUCGACAAGGCAUACCACGUGCUCGGCCAAUUCUUGAUCUUGAAGAAAGACGAGGUGCUGUUCAUUCACUGGAUGAGGGAAUUGUGCAGCGCCAGCUCUAAGCAAGCUUCCGACUGCUACGAUUGCCUCAACGAUUGGUGCGAGGAGUUCUUGUAAGGGACUUCUUAGACUUUGGCAUCAGUCGGCUCAGACUGGAAAGAAACCGACAUCUCAUUAGCAAAUAAGAACUAGUCAUAGUCCAUAAAUAGCAAUGAACAAAUACAUGUACAUACUUACAAAGGGGCCUUGAGUGGCUUGCGGCAGCCUGAAAGAAAAAAAAUUCAGUUCUCAAGAGUACAAAUCGAGAA